UCCGGUUAGUGCUCGCUCAUCGCUCAACGUGUUCGGUCGCUCGCAGAUAUUCCCGUCGCACGCGGUUUUGGGCGCGCCAACAUACGAAAACCGUGUGUCGUUUCGCGAUAUUCAAAACAAAAUCUUUGAUACAUAAAGUGGCGAAGGAUCAUCAUUGCACGAGGCGCCCAGUGCAGCAUAAUUACUCCAUUGCAACCGGCGUCUUUCUUUGGCGUCGUCUCUUUCUCAACUGCACACAAUUUCUGGUGUGCGUUUCGGCAGUUAUACAUUGAAUUGACUGGUGGGCUUGAGCAAAAGUCUGCGAGAGAGAAAAAAAAAUACAAAAGUAGCAAUUUCUUUACGUGUUUUCCCCCAGAGCAGCAUGCAUAUGGAAAUCGAACUGUGAGGUGUGAAAUAUUUAAUAACCGUGGUACAAGUGCACGAAAAUUACCUGCAAACAUCCAUCAACAACGUUUCGAACCGCUUGCCGAAGGAACCAAUCAACGAUCUUGAGCGAUAUUGGAGGAAAAAAACCCUGUUUUGCGUGUUUGUUGGUGAAGCCUUUCAGACGAGAUAUCAAUCACUUUGAGCGCAAUUACAAGCUAUUUUUCGGUAAUAUUGCGCGGCAAUCGGAAAAGUGCUUCGGUAAAAUUUCAAUCAAAUUUCGAAGAACCACAUAUGUGUAAUCGCUGUGUCUGUGGCGGCGUUCCUGACACAGCCGGUGGCUGAUUGCAAUUGGUGCAAUAUCAACAGAAGUGACGCUAAACGUCAGGGCUGGUGGCAGUUGCACAGAUUGUGGCGGUUCAAGGCUUCCACAUCAGUUUUGGCUGAAUUGUCAGAACCUACAAUCACGGACACAACUGUUUUCUGAUCGGCGCGGUUGUACCUACUACAUUGGAUGUGUCACUGGAUGCGUGGACGGUGGUGCAGCAGUUCGGGUGCAAGUAAUUAAAUAAUUUCACGAAGCGAGUCGUGUUUCAAGUGUCAGAAGAGUGAAGUGUAAGCAACAGCGAACGGUGUUUGAAAAGAAGAAGAUAGGUACGAAAUAUUCGAACCAAACCGCAAAAAUGGUAAACAAAUUUGCGAGCGCCUGCAAGGAUGAGCUGGUACUGCGGAACUGCGGCAUGGGACACCUGCCGGCGGAGGAAUUUGUCCAAUCACAGUGGCAAUCAAGGACAAAGUCAACCUUCUUUCUGCUGUACCGGUUAUCGCUUGCCGUCUUCUUCACGGCCGUGGUCGUCAAUUCCAUCGUGGUCAGCACCAGCAUCGAGGACUGGGCAAAAUACUUCAUCUACCUGACACACUGGGGCAUCAUGAUGUGCAUGGGAACAACAGUCAUGGGAGCCAUUCUAGUCGCCCGGUGGUACUUCCAUCCGGAAUUUUCAGAUAAAAUUUGCAACUGCGAGGAAAUGCCGCGUGCCUUCAAGAUCUACUGGAUGAUACACAACAUCACGCUAAUCCUAUCGAUUUGCAUUACGAUCGUCUACUGGACUAUAUUGCAUAACGACGAGAUGCCGGUGGACGCCAACAACAUCCUGAUCCACGCUGCCAACUGCAUGUUCAUGCUGAUCGAUCUUAUCAUCGUGGCCUACCCGGUGCGAAUAUGGCACGUGGUGCAACCGAUCGGCUUCGGACUGUUCUAUUGCCUAUUUUCGGUGAUCUACUACCUGUGUGACGGUACAGGCAAGAAUGACCGCCCAUACAUCUACAACGUGCUGGAUUGGCGCUCACCCGGCAAAGCAAUGGUCACCGUCGUGGGAACGAUCGUACUGGCCGUGAUCAUCCACGUGCUGAUGUUCUUCAUGUACAAGUUCCGGAGCUUCGUCUAUGCGCGCUGCAUCAAUCCUAAAACCAUCCUACCGACCAAUUCCACCAUCAACCUGAAUCAGGGAAAAUCCAGUGACGGCAUUUCGAUGGUCUACGGAACUGACAAUCGUGGUUAUACCAUUACGGAGAAAUAUUAGGAUUUUAUUUUCGGUUGGAAACCAGGAAUCCCCCAGCCGAUGCGGUUAAACACUGGCCAGACUGAGCAGUUAUAACAUGUUAUGAGCCUAGUAUCUUGAUGACAUUUUUCUUGUCGAUAACUAUUGUAACAUGUUAUAACUCUGUAGUCUGAACAAGGCAUUAGUCACGUUGUUGUGCGUAGCGAAACGAUUGGGGCACGGAGAUAAUUCACAAAGAAAAUUAGAAAUUAGGUACGAUUGUGAGAAUGAGAGUCAGCAUGCAUGUCGGCUUGAAUUUAAUUCAAGCAAAGUAAAUUUAUAAGUGAAUCUGUGAUUAAAUGCAUGAAAGAUGAAACAUAUAUAGAACAUAUUUAAGUGGUUAAUCAUGUGUAUUUGUAGCAAAAAAGUAUUGUCAAUUAAAUGUAUUAAAACGAAUAAAAGUUCACAGCUACGUAAUAUAUUAA